AUGUUUCCGACCGACCAGGUACGUGUGGUAUUUAAAAGUUCCGUGGAUAUUUCGGAUGAUUAGCAAUUACGUUCACAAUGGAUGUCAAAUACAGCUUUGUUAAAUGAAAUUUUCUUUAUUAUUGAUUGUAUGCCG